AUGAGCAUUGGGUGUGUGCUUAGCUUACGCCGUUUACUUAUAAAGGUGGCGACGGAGAGUGGGUUGAAGGGUUCUAAGCUACUCGAGAGCCUCGAAAACGGUCCCCUCACUUCGGUGAUGCACACCUUCGUUCGGGAAUACAAUACUGCGUGGGACCUCACGAAGGCUCGGGUCCACUCUAACACUGCUGUCUUAGGCCUUGGUGUCGCGGACGAAGACGAUAAUCAUGAAACUGAAGACGAUGAAAGUGCGAGCGACGAAAGUGCGGGGGACGCAAGUGAGGGCGAUUCGGAUACUGAGUGGGUGAACCCCUUCGAUUGA